CAAACAACUCCUCUGCCGUUGACUCCGUCCUUUAUCGACUGCCGAGAAACACAUCGACGACACAGCUGAGCUCCCGCGUCUGUCACCCAUGGCUCUCGAAUCGCGCCUCCGCCUCCCACUCGCCAGACCAGCUCCGGCCACCGCUUUUCUCUCAGGAUCCGUCUCUAAAGCCAACCACCUACCUUUCUCCCUCAAACCCGCCUCCACUUCUCUCUCCGCCGCCAAUGCGCCACCGCCCGUCGUCGUCGUUGGCUCCGCCAACGCCGACAUCUACGUCGAGGUCGACCGUCUCCCGCUCGUUGGCGAGACGGUUGCCGCGCGUGCCGGCCACAGCCUUGCGGGCGGGAAGGGCGCAAAUCAGGCCGCCUGCGGGGGGCGGCUCGCGCUGGGGCCCACCUACCUCGUGGCCCGCGUGGGGGACGACGCCAACGGGCGCCUCCUCGAGGGCGCCCUCGCGCACGCCGGCGGCGUCCGCCUCGACCGCGUCGCGCGCGCGCCCGGCGCGCCCUCGGGCCACGCCGUUGUCAUGCUCAUGCCCGACGGACAGAACUCCAUCAUCAUCGUUGGCGGCGCCAACAUGGAGGGCUGGGCCACGGCGGUCGACCCGGAGGACCUGGACCUGAUCCGUCAGGCUGGCGUACUACUGCUGCAACGGGAGAUACCCGACUGGGUCAACAUUCAGGUUGCUCAGGCUGCAAAAGGUGCGGGUGUGCCUGUUAUCUUGGAUGCAGGUGGGAUGGAUGCUCCUGUCCCCGGAGAACUACUUGGGCUGGUGGAUAUUUUUAGUCCAAAUGAAACGGAGCUAGCACGCUUGACUGGGAUGCCUACAGAGACGUUUGAACAGAUCAACCAGGCUGCAGGAGCAUGCCAUAAAAUGGGUGUCAAAGAAGUUUUGGUUAAACGUGGCUCACAAGGAUCUGCACUGUUUGUUGAGGGAGAGGACCCAAUUAGGCAGCCCAUAAUACCUGCCACAGAAGUUGUAGAUACUACUGGUGCCGGUGACACCUUCACCUCAGCUUUUGCCGUAGCUCUGGUUGAGGGAAAGCCUAAGAAAGAGUGCAUGAGAUUUGCUGCUGCUGCUGCCUCACUGUGUGUUCGAAUAAAGGGAGCCAUUCCUAGCAUGCCUGACAGGAACGCUGUGAUGAGCCUUCUGGAAUCUGCGCAAGUUGAAUAACUGCAGAAAUUCUUGAUUGCUUCACUAUAUCCAUAAUCAUCAGCAAUAAUGAUUGCUCGGGCACCCGGAACUCGAUAAGCUUGCUUCUCCGAUAGUACCCUCUUGUGCUGCCCCCAAUAAUAUGUUAAUCUUGAAAUGGAAACGCAUUUCCCGGUGCCCAUCCAGAGUUAAAAAAAGAAGGAAGGAUCCCAUGUGCGUUCAUCUUCUCUUUUCACAUAGUACCCCGUAGUGUAGCCUGUAGGUAUUGACGCGUUGUGAAUACAAUGAACAGUUUCACAUUGGCGUGGAGCUUUCAGACGGUGACUCUGAUACAAGUCAAUUCAUAAUCUUAAGCCGGCCGAUGUUAACCACU